AAAUAGUUAAUGGUUCAGUGAGCAUGGCUGCAUUUGUGUGUAAUUAGAAUUAACUUCGUUCUGAUCACUGCUUGUUUUUGUAGGUGCUGCUGUAAAUCUCACCCUGGUGACCCCAGAAAAGGCCAUCAAGCUUGCUGCUAAUGAUUUCUUCCGCCACCAGUUGAGCAAAGAUGGUGGCAAGUUGACAGUGCUCAAAGAGAUGCUGGCAGGAUGCUGUGCAGGAAUGUGCCAGGUCACUAUCACCACACCAAUGGAGAUGCUCAAGAUCCAGCUGCAGGAUGCUGGCAGGCUAGCGGCCCAGCAGAGGGUGGUUCCUAGUGUGGUCACAGCUCUGAAGAUGGGGGGGACCAGUGCGGUUCUUACCCGUUCUUACAACACCAGGCCUGCACCCCAAGUCAUGCGCAUGUCCGCCACACAGAUCACCAGAGAGCUGCUGAGGACCAAAGGUGUCACAGGACUGUACAAGGGACUCGGGGCCACGCUGAUGAGGGACAUCCCGUUCUCCGUUGUGUACUUCCCUCUUUUCGCACAUCUGCACCAGCUCGGCCAGCAUUCACAAGAAGACCCGUCCGUGCCCUUCUAUUGGUCCUUCAUGUCAGGCUGUUCGGCUGGAUGCGUUGCAGCAGUGGCCGUCAGCCCUUGUGACGUGGUUAAGACAAGGCUACAAUCCCUCAAAAAUGGAGCUAAUGAGGAAACCUACAACGGAGUGGUGGACUGUGUCAGAAAGAUCCUGACAAAGGAGGGUCCCGGAGCAUUCCUGAAGGGCGCCAGCUGCCGGGCCCUGGUAAUCGCUCCGCUCUUCGGCAUCGCCCAGGUUGUGUACUUUGUUGGAGUUGGAGAGUUCCUGCUGGGGUACACCCCCUACAACAUUUGCUCUGCAUAACCAAGCUGUUUCUUGGUCUUUCUGCCGCCUCAUUAAAUUACAGGCAGCUAUGGACCCAGCUCUCGAUUACUGUGUACCUCUUUAUUGGUGGAGGUUUUCAGAGUAAAAACUAAACGCUAAAGGGACCAGAGAGAUGCCAUUUUAUCCCAAUGGCUUCAGAUUAUGCCUUUAGCACGGCUCUCUCUUAUUGAGGAGAGAGAGUUGGAGACGUACCUGUCUAUAUGGGCUUCAGUGGAGCUUAAGUCUUCUCUCAUUGAGGGACUCGAUGGUUCAACGUUGAUCACCAUUUCACCCAUAUCAGACUUGACUCGGUUGCUGUGGCACCAAACCCUGUCCCCCCAUUUCCUUAAAUUUGUUCCCUUCCUCUAAAUGAACCCUGUAUCAGUUUACCCUUCACAAUAACCCUAACCUGCAUCUCCCUGCCUCAUCUUGGUUCUCCCUCUGUGACGGCUGUUAAAAUAACAUCAGCAGAAUAUUGAAACUUUGUUUGAAUGGAAUCCGGUUUGAAAGGGUUACAAGUGAAUCUGGUCUGUGAAUAUAAUGU